AUGACCAAAAAUCAUGAAAAAAUACGAUUUAAAAUUGCAAGAAUUAUUAAAAUUUGGGAGAAAUAUGGUGUAUAUGAUAAUAGUUAUUUAGCUGGUUUAACUAAUUUGUUGACUACACAAAAUCCGAAAUUAAAAUUAGCUGAUCCUGUACAAGAGUUUCAAGUACAAGCAUUAGCAGUUAAAAUACGUUCUUGUAUUAAACUUGAACAGAUUACAGACUUGCAGAUAAAAAGUUUAAGAGAAACUAACUUGCCUCUCACUAAUAAUGAGGCUUUAGAGAACAUGUUAAAAACAGUUCGAACACCGAGUCACGAGUUUUUGAUUGAACUAAAUGAUGAUGUGUCAAAAAUUCAAAGUUCUAUUAAAUGCAUUAAAUUAGAAACUAUUGAUCGUGCUCAACUAAUAGAUGCUUUAGAAGUUGCUACAUCUUAUUAUUCAGCACAAAAUAAAGAAGUUGAGAUUUUUGCUCAGGCAUAUUUCGACUUCACUAAUAGAUUAAUACUUCUCAAGAGUAAAUUGCAGUCUUUGGUUGGUUCUACGCCAACAGAUAUUCCAAUGUCUUCGCCCUAUAUUAAUGCACCACCGCCUUCGACAUCUUCUGUGUCUAUUGAAGACUUAAACAUCAACACUGUAUUAAUGAACUCCGAUCAAUAUAUGACAAAAACACUAAUCAAAAAUAAUGUUAAUGUGCCCACUACAGUUAUUGAUAGUAUUAAAUCAUAUAUUACUCCUGACAUGCAUACUACUGCUCAAGAAUUGUAUGAUUCAGCUUCUGUGAGUUUUCCAGCAAUAGAAAAUCAUGAUCAACAAUCAUUAACCAGCCAGUUUCCAUAUGAUGCUCCAUCACUGCUUCCAGAUGAGACUUUUGCAUACUCAGCAUUUCCUAAUCAGACAAAUGUAUCAUAUACUAAUAUGAAUAAUUAUAAUAAAAGUUCUGCAUAUUCUACAAGUAGUUAUGACGUUUCUGUACCUACUCCAAUGUCAUCUAAUCAGCAAUUAAUAACUUCUGAAUGCUCUAAUAAUAUGGUACCUCCUACUAAUUUUUCAUUGCUUAUAAAUGAAAAUACUAAACCAGUAUUUCAUGUUCCACAAAGAGUUUGGGACAUACCUGUACUUAGUGAUUGUUUGAAAAAUGACACACCAGCAUCGCUGCCUAUUCUUAAGAAAAGCUCCUAUCAAAACACAUCCAUUAUCAGUAAAACUGAUGGAAAGCUAGGAAUCGAUUACUGUAUUUUACCAACAAAAAUAAUAGAUAGGAAUGAACGAGUUUCUCGAGGAAUGAUAACUAAAACUUCUGAUAUUGACCACAGAAACUUAAUUAGUUUGACACAUGGUCCUGAUAUGAAUUCAUCAAUGGUAUCUGUUGAUGUUGAUUACCAAACAUUUCCUGAUAUUUCUAUACCCCUAUCGUCAUCAUCACUAGAUUUUCCUAUGGAAGCACUCAGUAAUCCACCAGAAAAUAAUGUAGAAAGUGUUGAUAUGAAUUUGAGUGAAAAUGAAGAUAUACCUAAAUCAAAUCAUUACCAUAAACAUCCUGUAGUCUUACCGCUACCACUUCCACCACAAAUGCCUUUUGUCUAUGACCAACAAUGUGUACCAGAUGUUACAAACCAGUGGGAACAACCUUCCCAAAUAUGGAGUAAUGAUAGACCCAGUUUUGAUUAUAGCCAGUGGGAUAUAGAACAAUCUGAUCAAUGGAAACAUCAUUACCAGUGUGGACAAAAGCCAAAUGAUUCAAACUUUGUUCUUAAUCGACCUCAACUUCAGUGGCCUCAACAUACUCAGAGAAACCAAUCCAAAGGAGAUUUUAGGCCAAAAUGGAAGAGAGGAAUUUGUGUUUGGCCAAGAGGCCCUAGAAAUUUCAUUCCAUAUUCUACACCUACUGGCAUAUUGAAUCAGGGACCACGCUUUGCAUCGUGGAACCAGGGUCCACGGUUUGGACCAUGGAAUCAGAGACCACGGUUUGGACCAUGGAAACAGGGACCACCUUUUGGACCGUGGAAUCAGGGACCACGUUUUGGACUGUGGAAUCGACCCUGGUAA